ACUCACUGUCACGCUUGUGCUGAGGUUUGAUGUGACGAUCAACAUGUUGCUCCCACAGCCAGCCGUUUGACUUGUGCAAGACAGAGACACACAUCACACAUCACACACACAUCACACAUCACACAUCACACACACACACAUCCCAUCACACACACACACUGAGACACAGAGGUGUAGUGUAGAUGAGAGCCGCCUGCUGCUGCUGUCAGGGUGUGAGCUUCUCGGACGAUCUCUCAGCCAAAAGUUGUUUGGGCCAGAAGUGAAAACUGGGGAAGUUUAAGAAAGAACCAGGCCGCCUUCCCCAUAUCUGUGUCGCCGUCUAUGGCUGCCGAUGAUUACAACCCCGUCUCCCUCCGACACAAAUCCAAGAAGAAGAGCCGAGGAGGUUAUGGUACAAUGAGCAGAAGACGGAUCUCGGUCAAAGAGCUGGGCCAGCCAGACCACCAGGGCUGGCUGUACAGGAAGAAGGAGAGCAAAGGCUUCCUGGUUAUGAAAUGGAAGAAGUACUGGUUUGUGCUGAAGAAGACGGCUCUCUACUGGUACAGCAACCAGCUGGCAGAAAAGGCCGAGGGCUACAUCGACCUCGCCAACUUCCUGAUUGACAGAGCCAUCGAGUGCAAGAAGAAACAUGCGUUCAAAGCCUGCCACCCACAAGUCAUGAUGUUUUAUUUCGCUGCCGAGAACCACGAGGAUAUGAACUUGUGGUUGAACAAGCUUGGGUUAGCCUCCAUUCAGUAUGAGCCACAUGAACAAAACCCUGCAGCCGAGUGUUACAGCGAAGCCAGCGACCAUGAGGAGGCUGAGAGCACAGAGAUCCCCCCUCCACCGUACUCUGAACAGAGCCUGCGGAACAAUGUGGAUGCAUCUGCAGCGCCUGGUAGCACACAUCAGGGAACCCUUCCGCCCCCUUACUCCUCUGCGGUCCCCAGCGAAGCCAACGGUUCGCUCUCGUCACCCGUCAGUACGAUGACAUCGCAGAGCUCCGCCUCCUCGCUCGCCAAGCACCGGCAGUCCUGGCUGGACCUGGUCUCGCAGGCGUCCCCUCCGGCCGGGGAAACGGCAGUGGUGUGCUCGGCUCAAGUACACACACGUCAGCUUCCACAAGUGGAGACGCAGGAAGAGGAGGAGGAGGACUCCCAGGCGUUGGAGAGCUCGGCCCCCCGGGACGCUUCAGAAGCAGGGUCUAAUGAGGAAAGCCCUUCUGCGGAGGGGGAGGCACAGGGGGAGGUUUCAGGUGCUCAAAAUGAAGGGGCUCGUGGGAACAGCUCAGAUGAGAUGGAGAGGCUGUAUAUUCAUCUAAAAGAGGCGAGUCUGUCGCCCAUAGGAGAUCGCAAACCAUCCACGAAAAGGGAAUUCAGGGCCUCCUUCGUGAAACGCUGUAAAAACCAUACCAUCAAUGAUAAACUGCACCUUAUCAGGACACUCAACAGCACAUUAAAGUCGAAAGAAGCGGACCUACAGGUAAUAGAGCAGGUGCUGUUGGACCAGGAGCUCACCUCACACAAGUUCAGAGAGUGGAAGGAGGCCCAUGCACCGUUGGUACAGGAGAUCUGUGUGAAACAGUCCCAGCAGGUGGCACCAGAGGCCACAAGAGCCGCAGCAUCAGUCAGUGCUGCCCCAGUGGUGGAGACCAGCUUAUAAAGACUCCUCAUGACUGUUUCUACUGUGUCUGCACACACACACACACACACACACACACACACACACACACACACACACACACACACACACACACACACACACACACACACACACACACACACAGUGAUGUUUUCAAUUGAGACUACUGAUCCAUAUCAGCGGACUGUAAGUGCUAUUCUGCAAGUAACUGGAUCAAUGAAGAAUUGUGCUUUUAGUUUUUAAACAGGAGCCGGUGCAGACAUUCUAUGAACAGCAUGUCACUUUGAAAUGUGAAAUGUGUUUUAGUAUUACAUUUACCGUCUGACUUGCAAAUUUCACGGUCGUUGUUUUUAUGAUGUAAUUCUGUGAACCUUUGCAUAAGUGGUUUUUAAUAUUUGUCAUGAUUGAGCGCUUUGAAAUAAUGGAUCCAUUGUUCUCUGCAUGGAAAACACUUGUUUUUACAGUAUGUUGGAAUCGUUGCCAAUUCUCACCAGUAGUGAGAAAAGUUUUAUCUGUUUUUAGUCUCUUAUUGGUGCCGUGCACCUUCACUGCUGUUACACUUACAUGAUUAUUGCAUGAUCGUACUUACCAUCAAGACCUUCCAGACUGAAAUUCUCAUCAUCAUUAGAAAAAGUUAUAUUUUAUUCUACUUAACCAAAUAAUUUUAAAAUGAAGAAUUCCAACCUUAAUGACAAACGACAUUGACAGUAACAGACAACCUCACUGAUAUUUUAUCGCAAAUGUGAUAAAGACUUCAUAACUAACCAGUAUCAAUGGUAUAUAUAGUGUAUUAGACUUGGUGCACUCAUUUGCAUGUAAACAUAGAAGGAAAAGUGGCUAAUUCUCAGGAAAAAAACUAAACAACCAGACCCCUUGGGCCAGCGAACCCAAGCUCUGUAAGACUUACAGGUGAGCAGAGGAUUAGGGGGUGGCACAGUUUCAUUCAUCAGGCAUUAUGGGACUGUUCCCAGCCACAGCUCCAGAGAGCAACAGGUUAAGGUCACUAAGGGCCAAGCGGGGCCCUCGGACAAAACCAAGCUCCCGACACAAAGAUGCAUUUUUGUUUCUGAAUCAAGUUGUACCUGUUGAGCACGUUAAACAUGAACCAUGUGUAAAUAGUUGUAAACAGAUGCGUGUCCAUUCUUCUUGAUCCGAAUUCUGUUAUGGAAGAUUGUUUGUAUAUAGGGAAAUAAACUGUUAUAAGAGUGAA